AGAACAGAGCGGAGGUGAGCAACGAGGAUCUUCCUUUGUGUUUGCCCGCCGUCUGUGUGGAUGUAGAAUACAAUUAUAGCUUUUCAGCGUCGAACAACCCACAAACAGCCCGCACAGGGUUUUUUUCUUCGUCUUCUUUCUUCCCUCCCACCUGAGUAGAGAGCAGUCGCCUAGGACUUUCUCAUUCUCAACUCACCACCCCACACACACGUAAGAGUUUUUUGUUGUUGUGGUUGUUGUGAUACAAAGCGUUUCGCUCUCAGUGAAGUCUUUGUUCCUUCUAUAUUUCUAUCAAUCAUGAGCUCACCGUCUUCGCCAAACUUGAGCCACGGCAGCGGUACGAUGGGGAGCGCGAAGGAGCGCAGCUGCUCCACCAGUGCCGUCAACGUGCCCCCGAAGGCCCAGCGCGGAGGGCGGCGGUCAUCGAUUCUGCCGCUCUGCAUGUCCCGCGACCAACAUGCAGCCCUGCAAACGUCCUCGGCCUCGUCGCAGUCCGCCGGAAAGCAUCGCAAGCAGCGCGGCAGUAGCGGACCGGCUGGCAAACCGCGUCAGCAGACCCCACUCGCCGGCAGCCCAACCAAGACGACUGCUGCCGCCAACAACGCCAACGGCUGGAUGGCGCUGCUCGCACAUCCAGAGACAAGUCAAGAAAUUGCGCGCGCGUUGCAGAUGUGUUCCUUGUACCCGACCCUCCGCGUCGCCGGCACGGCGUUUGAGAACUCGUUGAACGUGGCCCAUCGAAUGAACGCGGACACGUACGCCAUGCUGUGUAGCUCACGCCGGGGAACGGACCUCAACAACGUCAGCUUUUCCGACUCCCACCGCGACGACGUGCCUCACUCACCGCGCAUGAGCAUCAGCGUACUCAUGGAGACCUCCUCGAUGCUGCGCGAGGCAGCCGACGACUGGCGCACCUCGCACGACGGCAGCGGCAGCGGCGGCGGUGGGGGUCGCAACAGUGUCCUCGCGUCCAACUCUGCUGCUGCCGACGCCGUGUCCCGCGCCAUUGCGCUCAGUGGUGGCACGAAGAUGGUCCAGAUGGCCUGUGCGAUGAAGCGGGCGGCGAUGUGGGAGGUGCUUGUGGUGACGGCGCUGGCCCACCGCGUCAUGGAGCUGAAGUUCCGCCGCGACCGGCUGCGCUGUGUCUUGGAGCGGCAUCUGCUGCCAACGUUAAUGCGGCGCAAGACGGCAACCGGGUCUGUCAUUGUACAAAAGGACGACCGGAUGGCGAGGCGCGGCAACAAAGACGUGAGCGACGAUCCCGCUAACGCUGGAGCUUUGGCAGGCCUGGACAGCAGUGGAGCACCGCAGGGCACCUAUUUGCGCGACCACGACCCCUUCUUCGCCUCCUUGAACAACUCGUCUCUCCUGCAGUCCUUUGCAGAGACGAUGACGCGGCACCGUUUCCUGCCCGGCGAGGUCAUCGCGCGUGCGGGUCAGCCAAGUCAAAAGGCGAAGUACUUUCUCAUCUCCGGCAAGUGUGAGGUGACGAAGGGCCGCUCGGAAAGCUCGACAGAUGCUGCCGAGCUAAGUGCAAGUGGCAGCGCAACAAACGCCGCCCCUAACACGCCGACCUAUCGCGAUGGCAUGCACUCCACGAAGGCUCCUCGUUCGCGGCCGAGUGGGAGACCAGACAGCUCCGUGCUGCGGUACAUGAAGGAGGUGAUCAUGCCAGGCUCCUCCUUCGGCGGCAUCUUCGGCGGCGGCAGCAGCGCGGUCUUCGCCGAGACGUACCGCGCCCUCUCCUACUGCAUCGUGUGGGAGCUGAGUGCGGAGGAGUUUGAGCAGGUCUUUCGCCCCUUUUCUGAUCGCGGCAUGGUGGACAAGUACAAGGAGUCCCUGCGCGCCCACAGCCUGGCGUGGCUGCAGCAGCACUACCACCCAAGCAAGGUGUUUAGUUCGAUUCCGGUGUACCGCAAGCUGGCGAGCCGCAAGUCACGCUACCUCAACGACUUCACGCCGGCCGUGAAGGUUCGCGGCGAGCUGCUCUUCGCGCAGGACGACCUUCCUGGCGAUGUGUACUGCUUGUUGGAGGGCACGGUGCUGCGACGGACAAAGGGAACGGCAACUGAGGACGGCGUAGCGCAGCGGAUCGCCACCAACGCCUUCUCCGCUCUCCACAGCGUCGGUCGCUGUUUGCUGCUUGGGGAGGAGCCGCACCUUCUCCCGGGCGUGCAGCCGUACACGUGCACCGUGAGCAGCCGCGUCGCCCUCUUCUACAAGAUCUCCGGCGAGAGCCUUGUCAGCGCGCUGCUGGACGACCCCGCCUUCUUCGCCCAGCUGCGCGAACGUCUCGUGAAGCAGCGACAGGCGAACAUGGUGCUUCACCCAGACUGUCUCGCGUACGUCCCACUGCUGCAGCGCUUUCCGCCAGAGAAGCGGGCAGAGCUCGUGCAGUCUGCUUGCCCACGGGUGGUCGGCCGCUCUACCUCCCUGUGCGAGCCCGCCCAGCACCUGUCCGAAUUGAUGUUGGUGGUGUCGGGAGGCGUCUGUGAUCCCCGUCACUACGGGCAGCGGCCGACGACGUCGCUGCCCGUGCCGGCCUCCGGCGAGACCGACGACGCAGGUGGGGUCGACGGUAGCCCUAACGGGAGUUCCACACGGCAGGUGAAUGGAUUAUCGCACAACAAGAGCAGCAAGACCGAUCGGCGUCGACGGGAGCCGGACGGGAUGAGCCCGAAUGGCGCUUCAGAACAGGAUCUGUCGUACACGGCGGCGGCAGCGAAGCGGCACACCUUGAUGGGCAACAACGGGGCGCGCUUCGCCGGGAAAAACGGAGUGAAAAGCUUGGACAGGGAGGACAGCGGCGACGAGGAGACGAACCCGCUCUCGCCGGACGCCGUCGGCUUUGAUUGGAACUUCUCCAUUGCGGACACCACGCUGUCCUCGACAAUUGGGGGCCACACGGUGUCCAACACGUCCUUUAACUCCACCGGCACAGGCGGCGAGGCGGGCGGCCUUGCCAAGUCGCCUCGCGCGCACGCCGCCCCGCAGAUGACGGCCGCGCAGCUGCACCAGAAGCUCUGCCAGACCGCCCCCAUCGUGUGCCCGGAUGAGUCCGAGGAGAUCAACCCCCCGCUGCCGUCGCAGCCAUCGCGCAGCUUCCUCUACGCUCUCGGCGGAAGCUGGGAGGCGCUGCUGCUGGAGAAGUGGCCGAACGGGUGGGAGACGACCUCGACCGUGGCGCUGUGGGCCAUCCCGACGCACAAGCUGCGCCUCGUGUACAACAGCUGCGUCAAGGCAACACAGUCGUACAUUCUGAACGGGCUGCGGCUUGCCCAGAAGGAGGACCAGCAGCUACCCAGCAUCCCGCAUACGAAGAUGCCGCCCAUGACGGUGUACACGCAGCGCGGAGAGGCGGUGGUGGCAGGGGCCGUCGAGACGAACAGCCAGUCAACGGGCAAGUCUUCCGUCCAGCGCCGGCAUGCGAAACGGAAGCAGCCGGAGCAGCCACCACAACCACAGCAGCAGCAGCAGCAGAACCAGCAGCGCAGCCCCGCGGGAUUGCUGACCUUCGCCAUCCCGUCCGAUGCCACCGCAUCCUUUCUCAAGGCGGACGAUGUGGUCAUGAGCACCUCGGCGACAGGAGCGGAGGAGCAAGACCCCCUUGGCGGCUGGAAGCGGUCACAGCGCCCCGCAAAGGAUAGCAGAGGUGAGAGUGGUGGUAGCAGCAACAUCAAUGCCGUGGUAACGCCACCGGGUGCGGGCGCAAAAGCCAGAGCAAUGGCGGUGCCCGGUGCGGUGGCGAGAGACACGAACGCACGCAAGCCACAACUGCCUCCGCACGGUGCAUUGCGCGAUGCCGCAGCCACCACGCCGUCCGCCACCGCCUCCAAGUCGAAGUCCACCGCCGGCAGGAAAACGAACAGCGUACCGCGGAAGGAGGAGGAAGAUGACUCCGCUCACGUUCGCGCAGCCGGGUACGGAAAGACGAGUGCGGGUGGCCACGCCGUGUCACGACGACGUGUAGCGCGCCAGGUGGCGGUGUCAGCCCCGUCAACGCCGAUAAAGGUGACGAUCGACCCGGCGGUGAAGGCGGCCUACGACGGCGUCCUCGACGCGACGAACCCGCUGAUGCUGCGCAUUGUGCGUGAUCCGGUCGUGGCCCCGGCAGCGGGGAGCAGCAACAUCAACAAACCCUCUGCGAAGCGUGCCGCCGCCCUUGCGGGGCGCAACCUCCCUCCCCUCCAAAGCGAUCUGGUGGCUCCUUCUCCGGAGGCCGUCACCACCGUCAACACCACCGGCGCGUCGUCUGCCGCGUGGCCGGCCCACGCGCCGGUCCAUGAGCGGUGGUUCCAGGCGGUGCCCUCCUACGAGCCGCUGCCGGGCACCGUGCGGGCGGCCGAGACGCUAGCUGCCCCGCCGGUCUUUGCACCAAACUCGACAGUCCUCGCGCUGACCGGCACUGGGUCGAGCAGCGCGCAUGCGAAAAUGUUGGAGAGCCACGUAGCCUACUACGCCGCCAGCGUCUCACCCGGCGUGGCGAGUACGAGGAAGCGCGGCGACGUGGCGGGGGAUGUCCCCGGUGGGGUGAGCCCGCAUCCGCUGCCGAAGCGGCGCGCCUACGCGGCGUGA